GAGAUGGGGUGUCUGCCGCGUAUUAUAAACGUCGACCAUCCGCCCAUCGCUGGCUCAAAUCCAUCAGAUCCAACUUGUACACACCGCAAACCGAGCCUUUGCACCAGCAGUGUGCUUUCAGCUUCUCCUUUCAAGCCGCAUCCCUGUCACCCUUUUCCUCUGUGCCUCUGUUAGCAUGAAAUCCCCUUUCAAUAUGGCUACUCUCUACGCCCUUGCUCUUGCAGCGCUGCUGAGCUUCACGGUCCUCGCUGACCCACUCCUCCCUGUCCUUCAACAGGAAGGCUUCACCGAGUUUGCCCGAGAGCUACAGGGAGCUGGCGGGGAGGUCGUCCUCAACGCCUGUCGCAAUAUGAUCAUCUAUGCUCCGACCAAUGCCGCGCUGGCCCAGCGCGGGACGUGCUCGCUUGCACGCCGUAACGAUAAUACAACCGCCUGGAAAACCCAGUACGCGGCCCCCGGCCAAGAGGACUAUGGUGACAAGCGCCGGGCAGAAAUAACCACCACACCCGGUGCCAUCUCCCGUAUGAACUUGUUGAGCCAUCCUCAAUUCGUCAACCUUGGCCCCGGUCAGAACUCGAGCAUUAUCGAGAAGAACGUCCCCAACGCCGCCUUUCCCGUCGUCCUGUCCGGUCUCGGUGAGAGCGUCAAGGUCACUGGCCUCGACAUUCCCUACGACUGCGGUGUUAUCCGUCCCGUCAGCGGACUCUUCACACUCCCCCGUCCCCUGUCCGAGACCCUCCCAUUCCUAGGCUUGGACGAUGCCCUCGCGGCGCUGCAGGAAACCGGCCUGCUCUCCAACUUCGACAACAGGGCGAGCAUCACCUUCCUCGCCCCCGACGACAGCGUCUUCCCCGACGGGAUCUCCGGCGAAGAGCUCGCCCAGGUGCUCCGGGGGCACCUGCUGCAGGGGCCGCCCGCAUACACUCCGCUCCUCGUCGACGGCGCGACCUACACCACCCUCGCCGGCACCACCGUGACCGUGACUGUCGAGGGUCCCGACUUCUUCAUCGGCGGCGCGCGUAUCUUGGCCGGCGAUGCCGUCAUCAAGAAUGGCGUCAUUCACACUAUCGACAAGCUCGUCGUUGCCUCUGGGACAGCCGCGACGCCCACCACGCCGGCGACCGGGACCGGGGUCAACUCUCCGAUUGCCACCGCUGCUGGCGUGAAAUCUGACCCGUCGUCGGUGUAUGGCCUGGUCUCUGUGGCUGUUGCCGUGGCGAUUGGGUACAUUCUCUGA